UUGAAUUGAAGCUAUUACCGCAUUCAGUUUUUUCAGUUUUCAAGAAAGAAAAAAAAAAGAUAAUGGCGCAAGUUCCUGACAAUGAUAGCAGUGAAGAGACGAAUUCCAGGUUCCACACGGCGUUGUACGUUGGGGAUCUUGACGAGACCAUCGACGAGAGCCAGCUCUUUAUUAUCUUCGAUCAUGUUGCAAAAGUCCUUUCCGUUCGAAUUUGCCGCGACUACGCAACUGGGAAGUCCCUUGGUUACGCCUACGUGAAUUACAGUAGCCGUUACAAUGCCGCUAAAGCAAUAAAAGAGCUAAAUUUCAUUCCGGUGAAUGGCAAAACCAUUAGGGUAACGUAUUCUAAUCGGGACCCCAGUGUUCGUAAGAGUGGUAGAGCUAACCUUUAUGUAAAGAAUUUGGCUCCGUCAAUCUAUCACAAGGCUCUAUACGAUCUCUGUUCGUCUUUUGGGAAUAUUCUAUCUUGCACGGUUGCAACGGAUGCUUCUGGCCAGUCUAAAGGUUAUGGUUUUGUGCAGUUUGAGAGCGAAGCAUCUGCAGGAGAAGCGAUUGAAAAGUUAAACGGCACGCUGCUCAAAGAUAAAAAGAUCUAUAUGGGUCCUUUCGUGUCAAAGCAGGACAGAGUGAAUAGUGACGCAAACUUUUCAAAUGUUUAUGUUAAAAACCUGUCAGACACAAUAACGGAUGCUGAGUUGCAGAAUAUUUUCGGAGAAUAUGGUGAUAUUACAAGUGCUGUAGUGAUGAGACAUACAGAUGGUAGAUCAAAAGGUUUUGGUUUUGUGAAUUUUGCAAAUGCAGACAAUGCUGCUAGAGCUCGGGACGGUCUUGAUGGACAGACCUAUCAUGGUAAGACUUGGUGUGUUAGAAGAGCCCAGAAAAAAACUGAAAGGGAGCGUGAACUGACAGAGCAAUAUGACCAGAAUAGGGGGAUUUUCUCUCGUAGGCAAGGUAGAAACUUGUAUAUAAAGAACUUGGACGGUAGGAUUGAUGAUGACACUCUUAAGAAAAUUUUCUGUGAGUUUGGUAUAAUAAUCUCAGCCAAGGUUAUGAGAGAUGCAAAUGGAAGAAGUAAAGGAGUUGGAUUUGUUGCAUACUCAAGUCGGGAGGCAGCAAAUCAGGCUAUUGUGUUGAUGCAUGGUCGAGUAGUUGCAGGAAAAUCUCUAUAUGUUGCCUUUGCACAGAAAAGGGCAGAGAGAAGAGCAAUGUUAGAGGCACAUUUUUCACAAAAUAGGGCUGCUCCACCAGCACCUUUUCCUGAACCUCAAUUUCCAAUGUAUCCUAUACGGGCUCCUGCGCUAGGAUCACGAAAUUUAAAUAGCCAAACACAUCAAACUUUAAUAUCACAAGAAGAACUUGAUUACCACCUGCAGAAUCUUCCUCGCUUAGAGAUGGCAACUGGUCCUCCAUUUUCAUUCUUAAUGCCUCAGCGUGGACCCCCGCGGCCAAGAGGACACCGACCACCAGGUCUUGGGCAACCGCUCGCGUCACACCAGCAGGUCUUAUUCCGUAUUCCUUUGGUCAUUGCAUUGUAUUUUCCAUUCUCUACUUCUGAUGUGGAUACUUGUUACUGUGGAUUUCAGAUGAUUCCACGGGGAAAUUUUUUUCAAGGUCCUCGUCGCCCCAACGUGCAAAAUAGUGAAAUGGUCCCCUUUAACCUUGUUCAGCCAGUGCCACCUCAGACCUUGGCAUCAGCCGUUGCCAAUGCUCCUCCUGUAGAGCAGAGGAAUGUGCUUGGUGAAAUUUUAUUCCCGUUAGUGCAAAGGCUGGUGCAUAAUGCAGCACCAAAGGUUACUGGUAUGCUUUUAGAGCUGGACCAGGCUGAGGUGUUACAUAUGAUUCAGUCAGCAGGUGCUCUGGAGGAAAAGGUUGCGGAGGCCAUCGCUGUACUGAGACGACAUGCAGAAGAGCGAUCAAACAGGCGCUGAUCAACUCGCCUAUCUCUCUCUCAACGAACGCCCUUAGCUUAGAUUCUCUC